AUGCCUAUCUUGAAUGAUUAUAAUGAAGGUAAAGAAGAUGGGCACAGGCAUUUUGGAGCAAGUCCAGUACCUGAUAAUAUUAAAAGAAAAUGGUUAAUUGAAGUUGCUAAAAGAGGUGAAAAAGUAAAUAAUAAGAAUAAAGAAAUUUAUAAUAAAAAAAAAGUCAAAAGAAUUCCCUUUGCUAUCAUCGAUAAUCUGUAUUUUCAAGAUUUUUUAAAUCUUUUACAACCUAGUUAUACAUCACCACAUAAGGAUGCACUUUCAGGCUCAAUAUUUGAUAGAGAAAUUGCACAAAUUGUUGUUAAGUUGAAAGCAAACUUAUAA